UUUGGUGUUUUGGGGAGCCUUUAGUUAAAUUAUAUCACUGAUCUGGCUGGUUUAGUGACAAUAUUGCCAAAGUAUUGAAGACAUUUAAAAUUUAAAAUCCGUUCUGUAAGAUCAAGAUAGCAGUGUGAAAGGAUUUAAGUGCUGAAAUGUGAUUCCUCUGUCCGGAAUGAGCCUACAUUCUGUGACACAAAUUCCCUCCUCUCUUUGAUUUGGAUAACAAUAGGUGAGCUUACUCACAUUAAAUGCCACAACAGUCACAAAAAAUAGGAAUGUGAAUUCUAUCCUGGUGAGAAAGGGCAGAGUAGAUUCUGAUUGGCUGAGGGCGCUGUCAGCACUGUGUUUUGAAGCUUGUAGUCAGAUUAAAUAAGAGAAUAAGAGAACCGUGGCAGUUAAAAGAGGGGCCAAGAUAGCAGGAAGGACUCACUUUAACCCUUGAGAAUUGCUGUCAUGACGCUCGCUGAGAUUAUCUUCAUUUUUACCGGGACUUGUGCUGUCCUGGUUUUUGGAGGGAAAUUAGUAUGCCUGUUUAUGAUGCUUGUCCCGAAGCUCUUCUGUCCUCUUCCUGAGUCUUUUUUCACCACACUAGGGAAAUGGGCAGUGGUCACUGGAGGGUCAGAUGGAAUAGGAAGAGCAUAUGCAGAAGAGCUUUCCAAACUAGGUAUGAGUGUGAUCAUCAUCAGCAGAAAUCAAGAGAAACUUGCCAGAGCAGCAAGGAAGAUCGAGCUCACUACAGGACAGGAAGUCAAAGUAAUAGCUGCUGACUUCACCAAAGAUGACAUAUAUGGACACAUUAAUGAAAACAUCAAGGGUUUGGAUAUUGGUAUUUUAGGUCAGCAUCAGAUGUCUCAAUGUGCCAAAGUAUUUAUUUGAAGGGUUAGUUCACCAAAAAUGAACUACUCAAGUCAUCCUAGGUGUACAGGUGCUAAUUCCAUUCAAAAAGUGAAACUUGUAUAUUAUAUUCAUUCAUUACACAUAGACUGAUAUUUUUUCAAAUGUUUAUUUCUUUUAGUAUUUAUUUCAGUUUCUCAGAAAAUUUUUAUAUUACUUAAGACCACCACAAAGAAAGGAUUUUAAGAAAUCUUGGCCAACUGAAAAGUAUGAACAUGAAAAGUAUGAGCAUGUACUGCACUCAAUACUUAGUUGGGGCUCCUUUUGCCUGAAUUACUGCAGCAAUGUGGCAUGGCAUGGACUCGAUCAGUCUGUGGUACUGCUCAUGUGUUAUGAGAGCCCAGGUUGCUCUGAUAGUGGCCUUCAACUCUUCUGCAUUCUUAGGUCUCACAUAUCGCAUCUUCCUCUUCACAAUAACCCAUAGAUUUUCUAUGGGGUUAAGUUCAGACGAGUUUGCUGGCUAAUUAAAAACAGGGAUACCAUGGUCCUUAAACCAGGUACUGGUAGUUUUGGCACUGUGUGCAGGUGCCAAGUCCUGUUGGAAAAUGAAAUCUGCAUCUCCAUAAAGUUGGUCAGCAGCAGGAAGCAUGAAGUGCUCUAAAACUUCCUGGUAUACGGCUGUAUUGACCUUGGACCUCAGAAAACACAGUGGACCAACACCAGCAGAUGACAUGGCACCCCAAACCUUCACUGACUGUGGAAACUUUACACUGGACCUCAAGCAACGUGGAUUGUGUUCCUCUCCUCUCUCCCUCCAAUCUCUGGGACCCUGAUUUCCAAAGGAAAUGCAAAAUGUUCAGAGAUCAUAACUUUGGACCACUCAGCCGCAGUCCCAUCCUUUUUGAAGCGAGACACUUCUGAUGCUGUCUGUUGUUCAAGAGUGGCUUGACACAAGGAAUGCAACAGCUGAAACCCAUGUCUUGCAUACGUCUCUGCGUAGUUGUUCUUGAAGCACUGACUCCAACUGCAGUCCACUCUUUGUGAAUCUCCCCCACAUUUUUGAAUGGGUUUUGUUUCACAAUCCCCUCCAGGGUGCCGUAAAUCCCUAUUGCUUGUACACUUUUUUUCUAACACAUCUUUUCCUUCCCUUCGCCUCUCUAUUAAUGUGCUUGGACACAGAGCUUGGACAUCUUUUAGACAACUGUCAAGUCAGCAGUAUUCCCCAUGAUUGUGUAGUCCACAGAACUAGAGUUAAUUAGAGUUAAUUAGCUGAUUAGAGUGUGGCACCAGGUGUCUUCAAUGUUGAAUGAAUGAAUAUAAUAUACAAUUUUCACUUUUUUUAAUGGAAUUAGUGUAAUAAAUCAACUUUCUGAUGGUCUUCUAAUUAUAUGACCAGCACCUGUAUAUGACUUUCUAUUUUAGACGAAUCCAGUCGAAAAUUAUCUUUUAUCUUUCAAGCUGUUUCAUGGCACUCAGUGGGUGUUGCAAAAAAGUUAUAUAUAAAGUGCCCUUCCAUUAAAAACAGUGUUCUGAGCGGCACAUGCACAAAGCUGACCUCCAUACAUCAUCCGCCCCGAACUGCUUCCAUGUACAACAGUGAUUAUUACGUUUUGAAUAUGUACAUUUUUCUUACAAAAAUACAUCUAAUGCUGGACACUGUUUUCAUGGAUGACUGAUUUUUAUUUAACUUGUUUUGGACUGAUGCAUGCAACAUCUGCUGGGUGCCGUGAAACAGCUUGAAAUAUCAAAAACAAUUUUUAAUAUAACUCUGACUGGAUUCGUCUGAAAGAAGAAAGUCAUAUACACCUUGGAUGACUUGAGGGUGAGUAAGUUAUGGGCGAAGUUAAGGGUGAACUAACCCUUUAAAGUUCUAACAUGUUCAACUGUGCUAAUCCAAUUUGUUAUACUUUACUUUAAACACAGUGAACAAUGUCGGGAUUCUGCCCAGCCAAAUACCCUGCAAGCUACUUGAAACCUCUGACUUAGAAGAAGUGAGGUUACCAAUGGUUCAUACAGUCAUUGCUAAUGCUUUUAAUAUUAUAAAGCCUAUAAAGAAUAUGCUACUGCCAGCUCUCAUUAAUAAAGUAUUAGUCUUUGAAAAUAACUGCAGGUAUUACAUAUUGUAGUAAUAGAAAAUUACCCAUAAUAACUACAUAGAAACAUAUUUUUUUUAAAU